CGCUGUGUUGCAUUUGCUCGACCCCAAUUCAGCCGAACAAAGCCAACAUGUGUAUCAACUGCAUUCGCUCGAAGGUUGAUAUCACUGAAGGCAUCCAGAGGCAGGUCGUUCUGUUUCAGUGCAGAGGAUGUGAACGAUAUUUGCGUCCUCCAUGGACGGCAGCUCCCCCCGAGUCGAAGGAGCUGCUCGCUUUAUGCUUGAAAAAGAUUAGAGGUCUGAAGCAAGUGAAGUUGGUUGAUGCAGAGUUCGUGUGGACAGAGCCCCACUCCCGCCGUAUCAAAGUGAACGUGACGAUCCAGAAAGAAGUAUUCAACGUGGUCCUUCAGCAGUCGUUCGUGGUGGCGUUCAUCAUCGAAGCCAAGACGUGCGAGGACUGCAUCAUGGACUCGAUCCAGCACUCGAACCGAGCGGUCGUGCAGCUGCGUCAGAAGGUGGAGCACAAGCGCACGUUCUUCUUCCUGGAGCAGCAAAUCAUCAAGGCGAACAUGCAUCGCCGCGCCGCUCUGAUCGAGUCGCAGCCCGACGGCCUGGACUUCAACUUCCCCGAGCGCAGCGACGCGCGCUCCUUCAUCCUCUGGCUGAAGAGCGUGGUUCCCGUGAACGUGGGCACGGCGCGGCAGCUGCUGAGCCAGGAUUUCUCCUCGAACGCCUAUCCGCGCGCUCCUCCCGCCCCAAUCCCUUGGCCAAUGAACCGUCCUCGGCGUCUCCUUCGACCCGCAGCGCGGGCAGCAAGACGCCGGCGACAAGCGGCGGUUCCCUCUCGAGGAAGUCACCGUCUGCCGCACCGACCAUCUCAGCCAGAACGUAGCGAUAUUCGCGGUGAACACCCCUUUCAGCGCCCUGCUGCGCGAGGGCGACACGGUUCUGGGCUACGAUCUCUCCAGCGCGGUGUUCAACGACGACGACAUCAAGCCGAUGGGGAACCGUCCGCUGCCGGACUGCGUUUUGGUGCGCAAAUGCUUCCCGAAUUUCCGCAAAGCGAACCAGAAGCGCAACUGGAAGCUGAAGAAGCUGGACAUGGAGGAGGGCGAGCCGGGAAGGAAGGCGAACCAGGCGAAGGAGGACGCGGAUUACGAACAAUUUAUGAUGGAUCUCGAAGAGGACGAAGACAUGCGGACUCGGGUCAAUAUUUAUCGGGACAAGGACGCGAAGGAGAUGGUGGUCGGAGGAGAAGUCGAGGCGGAUGCUCCGAUUAUUCCGCUGGAAGAGAUGCUGGAGGACUUGAAUUUGGAUGGAGACAUGGAAGGAGAUGGGAUGGAUAUGGAUAUGGAUGGCUCGAGCGAAGGAGAUCUCUAAUUGUCGUUUAUUUGAAUUUGAUCGUGUUUGCGUUUGUUUGUUUGGUAGUUAGUUAG